CUUCCCAAGCAAAAACGACCCAAUUUUUUGGGUUAUUUAUCUAGAUUCAGCUCCACGUACAUCUAGAUGCACGUGGACCUGAAUCUAGAUAAAUAACCCAAAAAAUUGGGUCGUUUUUGCUUGGGUUGAUCCAUCAUCAUCAUCACUGAAAUGUGGAGCAAAGAAAUUUGUAGCCUGUCACAUUGUACAUUCACAUACUGUGUAAAUCAUUUAGACCUUUUAAGAAAUCAUCAAGAAAAGAUAUUAGGCCCCGUUAUCAAAAUUGCAUUCACGUACAAAAAUAAUUAUUAGGUUUCGUACAACGCCAAAGUAAUGAUGAUCAAGUUGAAGAACAGCAACACUACAAACAAAUUUUAGAACAAUGGAAAUUGAAACAAUUUCAACUGAUCAAUGAAAUAUAUCAGAAAAAAACAGCUGAAUAUGAACAAAAAGUACAAAAAAUAAAAAAGCUGCUUGUAGUGUGAAACUACAAAUGUAUUCAGAUGAACAUUUAAUACCUGGCAAUGUGGAGACAUAUCCCGAUUGGAAUAUCAUUUUUUGCAGCAAAAGUUUUUCUAUACCCCGAACGGGAUAUAGUUUGAAAUUAUAUCCCGGUCACGAUAUAUUUCGAUAUGCCGAUUGGGAUAUCAAGAAAAUCUAUAUUCCAACCAGGAUAUCAAGAAUUUUAAUUUUUAAUUUGUAAGAAAAUGAUAAAUUUUAAUUAUAUGAGAGCUGAAUAUUCUUCUCCUUCUUCUUUAUUCCCCCUCUCUAAUGUUCCUAGUAGUGUCUUUUGUUUUCUCCAGCUGAUCGAAGAGUCACGUAUAUCUUUUAACGGACGUAAACAGAUUUCUUCUAUUAGACAUCUUUCAUAUGUGAGUGUAGCAUAAAAUAUAACAGAAGAUAGAAGACAAAGUCAUUACCACGCACAGUUUCAUCUACCAUACAUUUGUAACGUUUUUUCUUCUUCGUCUUCUUAUACCUAUCAAUAAUUCACUUGAUUCAAUUAUGCCUCCCAAAACAUCAAUGCAAAAACACCAUACGGGUCCAAUCGUUACAAAAGUCUAAUAAAUUGAAGCGUGCUCAAAGAACAUAAAGCAGUUUACCUGCAAGAACGGAUAAAAAAUUUCCCGUUAAACACAAAGCACGUAUAUUUAUAUAUUGUCGACGCAUGAGAAAAGAUAUGUGUUUCAAUAUAUGUGGGCAUCGAAAAGGAAGAUCAGGUGUAGGUUUUCGAGCUCUUUCGGAUGGUGAAGUCAAUUUUACCUCAAAAUGUCGUCAUUUUCCUCUUAAUCGUUUUUACGACGAAAUUUCAUGUUUUAUAUCCCGAUCGGGAUACUACUUUUUUUUACUAUAUCCCGAUCCACCUAUUUCUCCAAAUUAUUUUUGUUUCCACGUCCAUUUUCUCAUUUUAGGUGGUGAAGGUGAUGCGAGUAAUAAUUAUAAUGAUGAUAGUAACGACGAAUUAUUAGAUGCAGCUGAUAUUAAUAAUGAAUCAAUGGAAGAUGACGACGACAAUAUUGCAAAGUAUGGUAAUGGUAGAAGAGAAACAACAGUCAAUACACAGACAGAAUUCGUUGUCUAUCCUUCACUAAAACAAUUACAAGAACUUUUAAGUAAAGUUGGUUCAUCGUCGUUGUUCUCUGAUCUCGAUAAGGAUAUUAGACAGUUAAUACAUUCAUUAGAAAAUGUGUUAUACGUACAACAGAUGUAA